AGAUGACCGCAUAAAACAUGUUUUUUCGGUGCUUUCACUUUUCCCAGUUACGCAAUCUUGGCUGACUUUUGAGCUGGAGUUUGUGGCAGCUUCAAAGUCCCGAAUCUUCACCCGUCUGACCCACUGCCUUCUGGAUAGUUGAACGCAUGUUCCGCGGCAAAUAAUCGCCUCUAACCACCGACUUUAAUGGUCAUGGACAACAACGCCAAAGUCAAGGAAAACUUGUUGCGUUAAGAAAACCGCGAAAACGCAAAUAGAAAAACCCGUUUGCUCCAAAUGAAAGGGAAAACAAAUGGAGAUGUUGGGAAAAAGACGAAGAAGGAGGACGCAGGGGCGGAGCUGCCUGGACAACUCGACUGGAUGAGGCUAUUAUGUCAUCGCCAUUGCGGAAAGCGGUGGGAUGGACUUUGUUAGAUGAUAACUCCGCUGGUUCCGGUUUCGGUGUUUGGGAUUUCGCUGUUUCAGGCGAUCAAAGUGGAGCUGCCAUCGAUUUUCGGCAUCCAAUUGGGGCUUUAACACGGGCCACACUCGCGGAGAUCGCCCAUUUGAGGACUGGCACUCGAGCUGCAAAGACGUGACAGGACAGCAGCUUACUUUUAAGGAUGGGUUUCAGAGUCGUACUGUUGGCUGCCACCGGCCUGGGAGCAAUGUAUAUGAUGCAUCUGCUGGCCCAGGAUUGGGUGAAGAUUCGGCCGAUACGGGGAAUAACGCAACUGGCCGGAAUGGCGACUCAACCUCUCCAACAAAUUAUUGCACCCAUCCAGCAGGCCAGUGGUUCCUUGAAUUUAUUUCGAAGCAGACGAGAGGCGAGCUUAAAAAAUGAGCUUGGUUGGGUGCGAAGGACUCAGGACUCGGAAGGAGGAAGUGGGAGAGGUGGCGCUACAGGAAGAGUAGCCGCAAUCGAUUGGAAGAGGAUCCUCUCAAGAGAUCCGUUCGAAUGCCUGCAGUCCCUUAUUUGCCAACUUAUGUCCGGUGCUGAAGCGAAAGUUCCGGAGGCAGAGCUGCUCAUGGAUUAUCUGGAAUCAUCACUGGAGAUGGCUCCGGCUAAGAUCGGACGGGCCUUUAGUCGAGGAUUGGCAUUGAGGGGAUCCACUGAGCUCUGCUUCAACGAAUAUCCUUUCUGUCUCUAUUCCGCUAAAACGAUGUUGCGCAUCCUGCGGUGGUUCAGUGAAACGGGGGAAGUCCCCGUGGAUGAAGUGGUUUAGUUACAUUAUAUUGGCUUCAAUAAACAUAAGGAGAGAGUGAAAUGAGGAAGUGAAAAUGUGAGUUUCAUUUUGGUAAAAGGUGUCAGUGCGAUUGAAGAUUAAUU